GAGAGAGAGAGAGAGAGAGAGAGAGAGAAACGGAAGAAGAGAUUUGUGUUGUGGAUGUUGAUGUUGAAGUUUGUAACUGCUUCUGAAUCACAUCAGCAUGGGGAAGAAAACAGAGGAUAAAGAACAACAACAGGAGCCAUCAGAAUAUGGAGAACCAACACCGUACGACCCGACGUUUGCUGGACCCAUUCACAACAGGAGCUGCACUGAUAUCAUCUGCUGUGUCCUGUUCAUGCUGGUUCUUGUAGGAUACAUGGUGGUUGGAAUUCUGGCAUGGCUGUAUGGAGACCCACGGCAUGUUCUUUUCCCACGCAACUCCACUGGCAUGUUCUGUGGCCUCCCACCCAAUCAGAAUAAACCGAAUGUGUUUUACUUUAACAUCCUAAAAUGUGCCACAGCGACAAACAUCAUGGCCGCCGCACUCCAGGGUCUCCAGUGUCCCACCACUCAGAUCUGCCUGAGUUCGUGUCCCUCAGAUUUCUGGUCUCUGAACCCCAUCGCCUACGCAGCUCCACCUUCAGACUUAUAUAAAUAUUUCAAACAGGAACUGUGUGUCCCGUCCUUCAACCUCAGCACCACCACACUCAGGGCAACAGAAAUCAUAAACAUGGAGUUGUGUUCAUUCUUCUACACACCAACCACUUCAGUGUUGGGAAGGUGUUUACCCUCCUUAGGUCCUGCGUAUACCAACAUCCCCCUCAACUUCAGUCUCCCAGGCAUGAGCAACAACCAAACUGUGAACACAAUCAAGAAUGCUACGGGUGACCUUGUGGGAGGGUUUAACGCCAGAGACGUGGGCGUGCGCAUCUUCGCAGACUUCGCUUCUACUUGGCAGUGGAUCGUUCUAGGACUGGUGAUCGCGAUGGUGGUCAGUUUGCUGUUCCUCAUCCUACUGCGCUUCUUGGCGGCCAUCUUGGUGUGGAUCCUCAUCAUCGGGGUUCUGGUAGUAGGAGCAUUCGGUAUCUGGUACUGCUAUAACCAGUACGCGUUGUUAGCUAACUCCACUCUGACCUACAAUAACGUCGGCUUCACCACCAACGUCAACGUGUACCUGCAGAUCCGUGACACCUGGCUGGCCUUCUUGAUCAUCCUCUGUGUGGUCGAGGCGAUUCUCCUGUUGACUCUGAUUUUCCUCAGAACUCGAAUUCUCAUCGCCAUCGCUGUUAUUCAGGAGUCCAGCAAGGCGGUGGGCCACAUGAUGUCAACGCUGUUUUAUCCAAUAAUCACCUUUGUAAUGCUCCUUGUGUGUGUCUCCUACUGGGGCAUCACUGCCCUUUAUUUGGCUACAUCUGGUGGGCCGGUGUACAAUGUUGUAGCUUUGAACUCAUCAGACAGCAGCUGCAGCUCCAUCACUGGCAACCAGAGCUGUGACCCGACGACGUUUAACUCCUCAGCGUAUGGGAGCUGUCAGUCUGCUCGCUGUAUGUUUAUAAAGUACAACACAGACGGUCUGUUCCAGAGGAACCUCUUUAACCUGCAGCUGUAUAACGUGGUGGGCUUCCUGUGGUGCGUGAACUUCGUUAUCGCUCUGGGACAGUGCACGCUGGCCGGAGCCUUCGCCUCCUACUACUGGGCCUUCCACAAACCCUCCGACAUCCCAAUGUGCCCUCUGGUCUCCUCCUUCAUGAGGGCACUGCGGUAUCACGUCGGCUCUCUGGCCUUCGGCGCUCUGAUUCUCACCCUCGUGCAAAUAGUGCGCAUCAUUCUGGAGUACAUCGACCACAAGUUCAAAGAGGCUCAGAACCCUUGUGCUCGGUUUCUGAUGUGUUGUCUGAAGUGCUGUUUCUAUUGUCUGGAAAAAUUCAUCAAGUUCAUCAACAGAAACGCUUACAUCAUGAUCGCCAUUUACGGCAAAAACUUCUGUGUCUCGGAAAAUGCCUUCUCAUUGCUCAUGAGGAACAUCAUCAGGGUGGUGGUGCUCGAUAAAGUCACUGACCUGCUGUUGUUUUUUGGAAAGCUGUUGGUGGUGGGAGGAGUGGGUGCGCUGGCAUUUUACUUCUUCUCUGGAAACAUUCCCAACUCGCCCAUCACAUCUUCAUCACUCAACUACUACUGGAUGCCCAUCAUUGCAGUAGUGUUUGGUGCAUAUCUCAUUGCCAGCGCGUUCUUCAGCGUCUACAGCAUGUGUGUGGACACACUGUUCCUCUGCUUCUUGGAAGAUCUGGAGAGGAAUGACGGCAGCGCCGAGAAGCCCUAUUACAUGUCCAAGAACCUGAUGAAGAUCCUGAACAAGAAAAACAAACAGCCCAAAAAAUGAGUCUUCACGUCCUGCUCCACUUAAACCCAGUCACAUGACCAGUGAUCUUCUUUACCUGCUCUCACACACUGCACUUUAACCUCCUUUACUAGCAUGUGCUGUUUUUACUGCUUUUAGUGUCCAGGUUUCUGACUUACACCAGCGUCCAGCUCCACGUCUCCUCCAGGCCGCUCUAUCAGCAUCUCUCCAUGUUUAACCAGAUGAUGCUUCUGAGACUGAUCCUGGGCUGAUCCUUGCACGAGUUGUUUUAUUAUGUUCUUCAGUGGGACUUUAACGUGUUUAUUCUGAAAUACGUGAUUAGCACGUGUUAGCUUAGUUUUAUAGACGUUUAUCUACUAUAUUUUAUAGAAUUGUACAGAAUUGUUUUAGAAACUAAAACUCCUGAAAAAAUAUAGAUUCCAGAAACACUGAUCCCAGACGUGACGCUUUCUACACACGCUGAAUAGACACGUGAGAAACCUGUAAAAGAGGCGUGUUUGGUGUCUUGCUUUUUCUGAAUGUAACUUUAACCUAUGUUGCCAUUAGCUGUGUGUGACCGAUUAAACACACACACACACACACACACACACACACACACACACACACACACAUCCAAGUCAAGUGUGUUCUUGUUUCCUAUGUUAUCAUUAGCAUGUUUUCUGUUUAAAGCUAGGCUAGCAUUAGCAUGGACAGGUUUGCUAUGUAGUUUAUAUUAUUACCACACACACACACACACACACACACACACACACAUAACCAGCUUUAAAUGUGUCUGUAUAAUUUAUUUCAGUGAAUGUUUGUAUAUGAAUCAUUAAUCUGGAUUAACAGAAGAAAACUACUCAACACUGUGAAGCUCUGGAGCAGUGAGCGGUGUGUGUGUGUGUGUGAGAGGUUUAAUAUUGAGAUGAAUGGUUUAUAUUUUAUACAGAGUUGUGUGUGUAAAUGAUUUAUCUGUGUGUGUGUCAGACUCUACAUGACUGUAAUGUUUGCCUGAUGCUCUGAGAGACACGUCCAUCUUUAUGUUCCUCAACUUUAAGUGCCAGAGGACAAAAAUUGUAUUUUUGAACAAAUAGAUGUUUAUACAGUGAUGAUGAUGAUGAUGAUGAGUGGAAUUGAUGCAGCUGUGGAGUAAAGUGUUUAUUAUAAA